CGCCUAGGCGCGCUGUGUCUUGUGGGUGGAAGCGCGCUGACUGGGUUUUGGCGUUUCGUGCAAUGCUGCGGCCGGGAGACCUGACGCUGACACCGAGACACUUGAAUUAGCUUUAGCAGAAGAGAAAUGGAGGAACCAUAGAACAUUAAGGAUGAAUUCAGGAAGACCCGAUACCAUGGAGAAUUUGCCUGCUCUCUACACUAUUUUCCAAGGAGAGGUUGCUAUGGUGACAGACUAUGGAGCCUUUAUCAAAAUCCCAGGCUGUCGGAAGCAAGGUCUGGUCCAUCGAACUCACAUGUCAUCCUGUCGCGUGGACAAGCCCUCUGAGAUAGUAGAUGUCGGAGACAAAGUGUGGGUGAAGCUUAUUGGCCGAGAGAUGAAAAAUGAUAGGAUAAAAGUAUCCCUUUCCAUGAAAGUUGUCAACCAAGGGACUGGGAAGGACCUUGAUCCCAACAACGUUAUCAUUGAGCAAGAAGAGAGGCGGAGGCGGUCCUUCCAGGAUUACACUGGGCAGAAGAUUACCCUCGAGGCUGUCCUGAACACUACCUGCAAGAAGUGUGGCUGUAAAGGCCACUUUGCAAAGGAUUGUUUCAUGCAACCAGGUGGGACCAAGUACUCACUGAUACCUGAGGAGGAGGAGGAGAAGGAAGAGGCAAAGUCAGCAGAGUUUGAGAAGCCUGACCCCACGAGAAAUUCUUCUAGAAAAAGAAAGAAGGGUUGCUGCUGUCCUGUUUCAGAACCCUAGACAAAGUGGAUGAGCUGGCUGCUGUAGCACAUGACACAUACCUUUCCUAGAGAGUGGUUUUGAGCCACGGCUUCUUCCCCCGCCCCUCUGUGAGCUCACAUCCCUGGGUCAUUACCCUUUAGCUUCCCUCCCCCCUAGAAUGCAGUCAAGGGGCUAGAAGCUAGUUUCACCUCUGGCUUUCCAUCUUCACCCACCCCAACUCCGAACUUCCGUCUUGAACUACAGCAUAUGAAGUAAUUUUUGUUCUCUCUCUCAAGGUUAGAUACACAGUGAAAAUGAGGCCAUUGGAUUUUCUUUGUUCAGGUUGCAGAAGAGCUUUUAUAUCAAGAUCGAGGUCUAGAAGGCCACCUGCCUAGUCCUCCUUGCUAGCUACGGUCCAUGUUCCAGCAUGCCACAGUUCUCUAGCAAUUUGUUUUUCUCUUUCCUCUUCCUGAGCCUGCAUCAUUGAGAGAAAGCAAAGUGGAAACAAUGCCAAACUCGGAGUUAGAAAGUACAAUAUUCUUGUCUUUGGUGUAGCUUAACUCACUUUACUUCUUUGAGUUGCAGUCUCCUUCUCUGUAAAAUGCCUUUUGACCGUACCAGGUUAUUGUCACAAGAUAUAGGAUGCAGAAAGCUUGAUAAGCUAAAGUGCUAUUUGAUUGUAAGGAGGUGUUAUACUCUCCUUUCUGUUUGAUUUAUCCAGGCGGGGCCAGGCCUGGGGGAACUGGUGUCAAACUCUGUGUUUGCUUGUUUACUUUCCCAGGACUCCGUCCUACCUAAGGGGCAGAAACUGGUGAGCCUGCCAGCCCAUACAGCCUGUGACUGGCUUCCAUGCUCCUGCCAUCCAGGAAAUUGCAACAUCACAAGCCAAACCAUUGGUUUGCCAGCUCUCAGCUCCUCUCAGCCAUGGGUCCUGCAUCUUGGUCAUGAGGGCUGGGAAGCUUCUCUCUCUACUCCAUCAGAGAUUCCAAGAGAGAAUUUUGGUUUAAUCUUCUCUCAAAAUGUUGACUCAUCUUCUGUAGAAACUUGGCUAGACUGUCAGAACAUUCUGGAGGUCUCUGAAAUGAGAAAAUAAUACGAUGCUUCUAGCAACCAGAGUGCCUACCAUGUGUCAGGCACUAUGG